UGCAUUCAGUACAGGCUAUGUUCGGGCCUCUCUCAAAAGACCCUUCCUUUGAAAGCCUAUAUUCGGCAUUCCAGUUUCUUAUAUUUACCUAAUAUAUCAUGUUAACUUACUCUACUAAAAACUCGCCCUUUCAAUGGUGGGGAGGCUUCAUGAUUCUCUUCAACAAGCUUAUUCUCCUUUAAUACUCGGAUUUGUUUCAUUACGUUACCGACAAAAGACGGUCUGUUUAGGGGUAUUUAUAUCAGAAAGUAAACAUGACUACGAGCCUCCGUAAUGCAGUACUAGCCGCACUCACAGUUAUACCUACAGCCUAUACUGCACGCGCUCAGCAGACAUGUGCAGGAGAUGUAGGGUGUACCUGUGAAGCCCUUCAUAAAGCUUUAGCAAGCGUAAACGGAACCUUAUUCCCUUCGGACGGGGCAACUUAUAAAGAUAUCGAAGAUGUGAAUUAUUCUGCCGCGUGUCGGUUACCUGCUGCGUGUAUUGUCAGCCCGAAGAAUGCACAAGACGUUUCUACGGCAAUAAAAAUACUCUCUGAGGCUGGGACCAAGUUUGCUAUUAGAAGCGGUGGCCAUAACUAUAUUUCGGGCUUCGCGAGUAUCGAUGAAGAAGGGGUUCUGGUUUCGCUCUCGAGCUUAAACUCUACUGAGCUAUCGGAAGACAAGAAGACGGCUAAAAUUGGACCUGGGAGCAGAUGGCAGGCCGUUUACGAGACUCUUGUCCCGGAGGGUCUGGUUGUGGUUGGCGGACGUGUCGGUUCUGUCGGUGUUGGCGGGUUGAUGCUUGGUGGCGGACUAAGCUAUUUUGCGACCCAACGAGGUCUCGCGUUUGACAAUGUCAAAUCAUACGAAGUUGUCCUUGCUGAUGGCUCCAUUGUCACUGCUUCGGCUGAUAACAAGUAUUCGGACCUGUAUAAGGGGUUACGAGGCGGUGCUUCCAACUUUGGUAUCGUGACAAGUUAUGAGCUUUACACGUACCCGGUUGAUGACUUCUACGUUGACGCCCGCGCCUAUAGUCUGAACCAGACCUCUGAUUUCUUGCAUGCCUUUGCAAAAUAUCAGGAAGAGGGCCAGUCGGAUCCUUUAUCAAGUGCUACUGUUCAAUUGCUCGAAACUGGCCCAACUAUCCUCUUGCUCUACAACAAGCCGGUACAGCAAGCUAAAGCCUUCGAUGCCUUUUAUUCCCUUGAGCCAUACCAGCCAAUCUUACCGGCUUUCAAUGGUUCGCUUUUGGAUAUCAUGGCAUUGACGGGAUCACGAUUCUCGACUGGUGAAGUGCGCACUUAUGGAGAAACGUUUACCCACAAGGCAGAUGUUGAUCUAAUGAUUGAGCUACACGAUAUUUUCACUGAGGAGACGAAGAACCUUCCCACAGACGCUUCGGCGGUUUGGGUACCAAAUGCAGUUCCAGUUAGUGUGGCUACACUAGGGAAACAGUAUGGUGGUAAUUUGUUAGGCUUAGAGGAGGUACCGCAACAAUGGUACGAGUGGUAUAUUACAUGGACAAGUCCAGCUCAGGAUACAGCUAUAUUCGAUGUCUCCCAACGGAUAACCCAGCGUUGCACCGAAGCUUCCGAAGCCAAGAAUUUACUUCUACCUUACCUUUUCAUGAAUACAGCGGGCAAGACGCAGAAGGUGCUGGAGGGUUACGGGGCGGAAAACGUCGAUUUUAUUAAAAGGAUCGCUGCUAAGUACGAUCCUGGACAAGUCUUCCAGAACUUACAAAAUGAUGGGUUUCUUAUUCGGAACUUGUAGGACUUGUGCAUGAAAUGGUUGGUUUUACUUGGUUCAUUUUCAACAAGGGAUUUGUAAUUUCGUAUAUAGAUUAGCCGGGGAGUUAGUAGUAUAACUAAUAAUUAAUCAUACAUACA